UCCUAUUGUUGGAGGUUCCUUGUACUUUGUGCAGCUAUAAAUAGUGUCCGGGAGGAUUAAAGAGCCCACCCUGCAGAUUACACACAUGACCACCCUGAGAAUAGAGGAGACCCCCCUCUCCCUGUCUGGACCAUCAUGUCCCCCCACUAUGGGGUGUGUUAACCCCUUCCUCGCCCUGCCUGUGGAGGAUUGUGGGAGGAUGUGAGGACGUCCUGGAUCUGCACAUCUGGAGGGAAGAAAAGUUCUCAGAUUCUCCCUGAUGAUGAUGAUGAUGAUGAUGAUGAUGAUGAUGAUGAAGGAGAAGAAGUGCGGAGUGAGGCUGCGCCAUCCAACCCAAAUGAUGGAGUGAGGGCUGGGGGGGUGACAGCGCACGAGAGGAGACCAUUGUCUCGGGUGGGCUGCGGGGCUGCUCCGGACCGAUCAGCACAGACACCGAUCAGCACAGGCACCGAUCAGCACAGGGACCGAGCCGCGGAACAAUGAUCACUUACCGCGGGCCGGGGAGAGCGAUCCGCUGCCGGGAAAUUCACUUCGCGAUCGGAUCAGCAGAGGAUCGGUGCUGCCUACCGGGGGGCUCGGAGCUCGGCUAUUGUGAGACAUGGUCCUGAAGAUCCCGGGGACCACCCGCCAGCAGGUUGUGCAGCCACGAUGGGGAUAUUGUGAUUUUUCAGAAUACACUACCACUAGCCUAACACCUUGUACCAGAAGAUGCAUUUAACAUUAUUGCUGGUCUCCAUAUCUGAUCCACUGCUGUCUUCUCCUAAUGGUGCCUUCACCCUCCACCAUGAAUGAUGAGCAGAGACUGCACAACAACGCGGUAGCCUGGCUUAUAUGUUCAGGGAUCUCACUAUUAGCGAACGCCUGGGGGAUUCUCAGUAUAAGUGCCAAACAGAAGAAAUGGAAGCCUUUGGAGUUUUUAAUCUGCACCUUGGCCGGGACUCAUAUCCUUAACAUGGCCAUACCCAUCACCAUGUACUCGGUGGUCCAGCUAAGGAAACAGCACUCAGACUAUGAGUGGAACGAGGGGGUCUGCAAAGUGUUCGUCUCUACCUUCUAUACCUUAAGCCUUGUCACCUGCUUCUCUGUCACCUCUCUAUCCUAUCACCGCAUGUGGAUGGUGCGCUGGCCGGUAAACUACAGGUUAAGCAACACAAAGAAGCAAGCCGUGCACACAGUGAUGGGAAUAUGGAUGGUGUCGUUCAUUCUUUCCACCUUACCCGCAGUCGGAUGGCACAACCCCACUCAGAGGUUCUAUGCCGGGGACUGCCGCUUUAUUGUUACAGAGAUUGGACUUGGCUUCGGACUGUGCUUUCUCUUACUGAUCAGCGGCAGCGUGGUGGUCGGGGUCGUCUGCAUUGGAAUCUCUCUUUUUCAGACAUUUUCUAUACAAACUGGGCAGAACGUUGACAAAAAUAAAUUCAAUGUGCCCACUAUUGUGGUGGAGGACGCUCAUGGGAAGCGAAGGUCAUCAAUCGAUGGAUCGGAGCCCAUUAAAACUUCACUGCAGAUCACUUAUUUGAUAUCGGGGAUUGUAUUUAUAUACGACUUUCUAAUGGGAUUUCCUAUACUGGUUGUAAGUUUCGCCAGCUUGAAGUUUGACAAGUCUGAUGACUGGAUGGUCCUGGGCGUCCUCUGGUGUUCUGUAGUCCAGGCUCUUCUGCUGCCGAUGUUCCUCUGGGCCUGUGACCGGUACCGGGCAGACGUGAAGGCCGUGUGGGACAAGUGUAUAGCCAUCAUGUCCAAUGACGACGAAAACGAAGAUCACAGUCCUGAUGGCGGAGUUCACUCUGACCUCAUAUACGAGAGACCUUAUGACUACAAUUAUGGGGGAGAUAUCAUGGCCAUGGAGCGCAUUACCAAGUAUGACUUUUCGGCAUUAGAAAGGGGAAUCCCACAGAUUUAUCCUGUGAAGGAGACUCAGGAAGAUAAAAUGCACUAUCUCCAGGUCCCUGCAACGAGACGCUAUUCCCAUGACGAAACGGAUAUUUUUACCACGGGUCAGAUACCAGCGUUCCUUCACGGCUGGGGAUCCGCAGAAGACAUCGCUGCCAUCUCGUUCUUUACCCUGCCGAGGCGCGAAAGACGCAGUAGUCUGAUAAUGUACCAUGAGGAUGCCAGCCUGCCCUAUCGAAAGUGCCGAAAAGCCUCUGAGAGCCUCAUUUCGCUCAAACACUUCACCCUGGAAGAACUCUACAAAGACGACUUUAAGUGCUUUAGCCGAGAAGAAGUGGUCAGUUUCAUCGAUGACACUCCUCUGCCGAGUCCGAGGAAAGGUCCCAUAAGAUCGUCUUCUAUCGCUCUUAUCCCUGAUGCCCUACAGCACCCCACACUUACUCAUUUUACCAUGACCGACUUUGAACGGGAGCCACACGUAUUACGGAGGUUCUCCCCCCAUGGGAAAAGUUGUACUCUAAACGUUCCGGGUCAUCAUAGACCUCACGAUGACCAGAAAAGGUUCUAUACAGAAGGUCACCGGAGAUCCCGUAGUGCUCAAAGACAUGUUCAGAAGACUGAACCUCAAAAACUGGAUGAGGUAACCUCCAAAAAUAGCUCCGGGGACUCAAACAAUUGCCAGAUGGGGCUAAGCAAUACAUGGACUGCACAGGACCAACCCAACAAGGCAGCAGAUAAGGGAAGUACCAACAGCUUUCUCAGUUUACCUUCUGCUUCAUCUGGGUACAUAACGUUCCAUUCAGAUUCCAUUGGAUCUACAUCUUAGGGAUUAAACAUUUUUUUGCAAUUUUAGGACUAACCCUUUUUGGUCAAGAACAUUGUUUCAGGGUUUACACUUUCUCCUUUUCUUAUAUUUUAAUACCCGGGAACUGGAAACAGCACCAAAGAAAAGAACUUGUAUUUUAUUAAUAAUAAUAAUAAUAAGCUCAAUGGAAAAAAAACUUUUUAGCUUUUUUGUUUAUUUGCUUUUCAUAUAGAAACAAAAAUGGGGGAAAAAUUUCAGGAAUACAGAUUCACGGGCUCGGGGUUCUCCUGAAAAACAUUUAAAAAAAAAGGAGAAAAGAUAAACUGCGAUCUACAUUUAUUUUCUAAUAAUGAUGCAUCCAAUUCGUCGUCCAUGGAAAAUGUGUCUUACAAUGCAUUAACCCCUUACACGUCAUCAAUAAAUAUAUUAUGCAUGCUUAUGUAACUCCUCUGUCCACUCUCUAUAGGUGACUUUUUGAUAUACAUCUUACCAUUUUCUAUUUACUGAAUGAAAUUUGUUUUGUGUGGAUUAAGCUGAUGAGGUGGGAAAAAAUUGUUUUAAUUAAAAAAAAAAUCUGAUAAAUUGUAUCUGUUCUGUAUGGUAUUCUCUGUACUGUAGCUUCUUUUUUAAAGGAACGAAAAUCA